CGUGUUCGUGUAACACGCUCCGCUAUGUCACAGAGCAUUUUGCGUAUUCGAGAUACAAAUCCUGCUCCACGACAGGGCAAAAAACGUAUUCGGUUAGUAACAUAAAUCCACCCCGGAGUAAAGUUGAAGUUAUGAAUAAAUUUCUUAUAGAAAAAAGAGAUUGUCCUAAAAUUAAAGGUUAUGUCAGAAUAGUGUUAGAAGAAUAUGAUAAUAUAGAGUUUAAAAGAAAUUUUAGAGUAUUUCUUAAACUUUAGGAAAUGUAUGAAAACUCUAAUUUUAUUAGUUCAAAUAAUCAUGGUUUACCAUGUACCUCAACCGAGUCACAAAUCUUGCAGUUUUUGUGGUUUGCGGGAAACAAAUGUGUAAUUCGAGAUGUUACUGCAGGGUUUGAUGUUGCAGAGUCAACUUGCCAUGCUAAAUAAAUAAUGUUAUGAAUUUUUUAAUUGACAUUGCACCUCAGAUAAUUAAAUUUCCAAGAAGUGAACAAGAAAAAACAGCAGGUGCCGAAAAGUUUGAAGAAAUUGCAGAUUUUCCUGGAAUUAUUGGUGCCAUAGAUGGCAGUUACAUCCCAAAAAGAACCCCAGCAGACAAAGUAAAAAGUACUUACGUCAACCGACAUGAUCAAACGGCGUUAAGUUUACAAGGAAUUUGUGACGCAGAAAAAAAAUUUAUAGAUGUUUUCACUGGAAUAUCUGACAAAGUUCACGACUCCACUCUAUUUAAAAUGUCCUUUAUUUACUAUGAAAUUGUUGCAAUUUGUGGUGAAAAGUGGCACUUAAUAGGCGAUGCUGCAUAUGGGAUAAGGAAAUGGUUGUUAGUGCCUUAUCGUUAUUACGGGAAUAUGUCACAGGAACAAAAACAUUUUAAUAAAAAAUUGUCGCAGAGUAGGGUAAAAAUUGAAAAUGUUUUUGGGUUAUUAAAAGUACGAUUCCGACAAUUACAAAAACUAGACUUUUUAACUGUCAAAAAAAUGUCACAAUUUAUAAUGGCUUGCUACGUAUUACAUAAUUUAUGUAUUUUAAAUGAAGAUGAGUGGGAUGAUUAUAUAAAGGUGACAAUGAUUAAAAUAAGUAUACUCCUGAUGCGAAUGAAAAUAUUAAUGAAAAUCACGAAAAAACAUUAUGAGAAAUUAAAAGGGAUGAAAUGUGUUACAAAUUUUCAAACAUUAGGUAAAAAAUUUUGAAUAUUUUUUACGUUAUACGUUUAUAUAAUACAUUUAAAUUGUUUAUAUAACAUUUUAAGAAAUAAAUAUAUUAUAUAAAAACUA